AUGCCUUUGUUCAAGGGGAAGAUGCGCGAGGAGGAGGACUCCGACUCGGACGAAUCCUUUCACUGUUGCGGCAGGCCAGAAGACCUGCUUGAAGAAUUCCGAUCCUCGAUGGAAAUUCCCAAACCAGACGGGAAUGAAGUAUGUGUCCCCGACGAGCAAGAGUACUACCUCUACUCCGCUGGCCUUGACCGCCUCAAUUCCCCCGGCAAUGGACCCAAGCGCGGCUCAUGUUCCUCAAUCAACGCCAUCCCCCGCUGCUCAACCGUCUAUUCCUCUGAUUCCGACCGCACUCGGAUCGCAAGCCCUCUCCUUAUCAUCAAGACCGGCGAUGCGGUCUUGCCAUCCUCUUCACCCGAAAUCAGAGAUAUUCAAGUCCAAUCCGCCCAACCUAGCGAGCCUGCCAAGCCAAAGAAGAAGCCAAAAUGGAAGAUCCUCGUCCGUCCGCCCCACAGCUUCCUCCGAAUGGCUAUCAGCCCAACCCAGGAUCGCCCGCCAAGCCCUGAGCUUCCAAAUGCCCAAGCCUCAGCUCCUCACGGCCCUCCACCAUCAACUUCUUCUCUUCGUCGACGGGGACUGGUUUUCGCUCCGAGCAGCCUUCCUCAGGAACUCAAGGAAUUGGCCGAGAAUCAAGAUUCAGAUGGAAGUGGUACUUGA